UGUUGGCCCUGUGACCCGAGUCACGUCGGCAGCGAAUCAGGAAUCAGGAAUACCGACCAGGUAGCAAUGGGUUCGUACACGCGAUCGUUCAGUACCGUCGCGCACGUCCAACGCAACGGAUUAGAACGGCAAAUCGGAGGGCUUAAGAUGUUGCUCGCGGUGCUAGUGUGCGUUCUCGGGAGCUGCAUUGCCAUCCUGCUGGUGCGUGACUACCGCUCCAAGCAGACGGAUGGCUAUCGAGCGGCCCUGCGCUACCCGGGCGGAACGAUCGUCCCGGUGUUUGGCAGUUUGUUUGAGCUGCUGUUUAAAAAUCCCGUGCAAACGUUCGCGUACGCCCGCGCGAAUGCCACCCGCUACGGGGCCUCCUACCGGCAGUGGAUCGAUGGCAGCGUGAUACUGAACGUGACGCGCGUACAGGAGGCGGAAAAGAUCCUCUCCAGUACGCAGCACACGCGCAAAAGCAUCCUGUACCGGUUUCUGCAUCCGCUCAUGGGCGACGGGUUGCUGUGCAGCAAGGGCGCCAAGUGGCAGCAGCGACGGCGCAUCCUAACGCCUGCCUUCCAUUUCAACAUUCUGCCCAAGUUUCUGACCAUCUUCCAGGAGGAAAGUGAGCAGCUAGUGCGCCGGUUGGACCAGCUCGCCGACGGAGUGCAGGACGUUGUACUGCAGCCGAUUGUGACGAGCUUUGCGCUGCACACGAUUUGUGAAACGGCGAUGGGUGUGAAGCUGGACGCUUACCGUGAGGCUGAUGAGUACAAGCAGAAGGUGUACGAGGUGGGCGAAAUGUUGGUCCAUCGCACGAUGUCACCCUGGCUGUACAGUGACAGUGUCUACCGGUUGCUAGGCUACGAUGGACCGCUGUCAAAAUCACUCAAACCAAUACAUCACUUCACACGCAGCAUCAUCCGACAGCGGAGAGAAACCUUCCAGGCGGCCCAGCUGACUGCUGACUGCACCACAGAGGAAAACAUAUACUUCGGCAGUAAGCAACGGUACGCCAUGCUGGACACACUGCUUGCCGCCGAAGCGAAGCAGCAGAUCGAUGAGGAAGGCAUCCGGGAAGAGGUGGACACGUUCAUGUUCGAGGGACACGACACAACGGCGGCCGCGAUCAUGUUCACGCUCAUUCUGCUCGCAAUCGAACAGGACGUCCAGGAACGUUGCUACGGGGAGCUCCAGGAAGUGUUGGAUCGCUCGUCCGGUGACCCCCGCUCGGUCCAGGACUACCAGAACCUGCCGUAUCUGGAUCGGGUGAUCAAGGAAUCGCUACGCCUAUACCCGCCAGUUGCCUUCAUCUCACGAACCACCUCCGGAGAGCUCGUUGUGGAUAGCACAACCUUUCCGCACAACACCAUGUCACACAUCCACAUUUACGAUCUGCACCGUGAUCCCGUCCAAUUUCCCGACCCGGAACGCUUCGAUCCGGACCGCUUUCUACCGGAGGUGGCGGAGAAACGUAACCCUUAUGCUUACGUUCCCUUCAGUGCUGGACCCAGGAACUGUACUGGCCAGAAGUUCGCUCAGCUGGAGAUGAAAACGGUGCUGGUGGCGGUACUGGAACGCUUUCGGCUCAAACCAGUGACGCGCCGGGAUGAGAUCGUCUUUAUGGCCGAUCUUGUGCUGCGUGCUAAAACUCCACUGAAGGUGCGAUUGGAACGGCGAUAGG